AACCAAUGCAAACAGGAACCCUGGACUUUUAGGGUCAAUAAAGUUGGACAGUGAAGCAGACAGCUACUCCUGAGCGUGCAAGAAGACAUCUUCAUCAAUGGGUUACUACAGUGCUUAUUUUUCACUCAUUCUAAUAAAUUCUGUUUUUGGAAUUGCAUUAUCUUGUUUUUGUGAACGUUAUCCAUGGGCUCAGUGGUCUGCCUGCUCUAAAACCUGCAACCAUGGCACUCAAAGCCGAUCACGGUAUGUAGUUAAUGAUGAUUACUAUAGAAAAUAUUUAUGCAACCAAGUUUGCACAACAUAUGAGUCUCGAUCCUGCAAUGAAAAUUUAUGCCCAAUAAAUUGCCUACUUGGUGAUUAUGGACCAUGGUCUCACUGUGAUCCCUGUCUCAAAAAGCAAUUCCGUGUUCGAGAAAUGGUUCGCCCUUCUCAAUAUGGGGGUGAGGAAUGUGUAGAAUCAUUGGUUGAUUCCAGGAUAUGUGUUCCUGCAAAGAUUUGUAAUAUUGAGCAAGAAGAUUGCGCUGAAAAAUUUAAGUGUGACUCAGGGCGCUGCAUACCGAAAAACCUCCAGUGUAAUGGAGACAAUGACUGCGGUGAUAAUUCAGAUGAAAGGGGUUGUAGGAAAAAGAGUUUGUGCAAACGAAGCUUUGAGAACAUACCUGGAAUUCAGCUGAUGGGCAAUGGGUUUAAUUUCCUAUCUGGUGAGAGCCGAGGGGAAGUCCUUGAUAAUUCUUUCUUUGGAGGAAAAUGUGUCACAAUUUUAGGAAAUGGUACAGGGUCAAACAGAAAAUUGUAUCGGCAGCCAGCAAAUGUUGAAAGUGUGGAUUUUGAGGUGAAAAAUGAAAAAAAUGAUGUAACAUCCUCAUUCUAUGAUAGUCUGUUAAACUUCAGUGGGCAGAAGAAUUCGCUUUCAAUGUCUUCUGGCAAUUCAUGGGGUAUAGUUGGAAUUCCAUUUUUUUUUGGUGGAUUUUCUAACACAAAAACUACCUCAUCUUCACCUUACAGAGAAGCUGUGCAAGCAUCCUACAAAAAGAAUUCAAAUUUUAUUAGAGUCAAUCAAUUGAUCUCAGUUUCAAAUUUCACAAUGAAAGAGAAAGAUCUUUGGAUUUCUGACGUCUUCUUAAAGGCUCUGAACCAUCUGCCUUUGGAAUAUAACUACCCUCUGUAUAGCAGAAUAUUUGAAAACUUUGGAACCCAUUACAUAAGUAGAGGUAAACUGGGAGGUUCAUACGACCUUCUUUACCAAUACAGUUCGGAGAAUCUGAAAAGUUCAGGUUUAACAGAAACGGAAUCGACGCAAUGUUCACGAACAGAAACAAUUAAAUUUUUUCUCAUUUUUCCAUACGUUGAAGUUAAACAUAAAUGUGUAUAUAAUAAAAUGUCUGAGCAGCAUGAAGGUUCAUUUUUGCAAUCAUCAGAAAAAUCCAUAUCUUUUGUGGAAGGGGGAAGGGCAGAAUAUGCAGCAGCUUUGGCAUGGAAGAAAGAAGGAGCUUUUCCAGGACAGACUGCCUAUACAAACUGGGUCGCAUCAACAGCAGAAAAUCCUAUAAUUGUUGAUUAUGAGUUGUCUCCAAUUCUGGAUUUAGUGAAAGGAUUCCCCUGUGCAGUGACAAAGCGACGCAACCUCUUAAAGGCUUUCUCUACGUAUUUAGAGACAUUUGACCCAUGCAGAUGCUCACCUUGCCCUAAUAAUGCCAAACCUGUUUUAUCAGGCACUAAGUGUCUGUGUAUUUGCCAGCCUGGGACCUAUGGGGAAAGCUGCUCAAAACGAGCUCCAGGUUACACCUCAGAUGCAAUUGACGGUCAGUGGAGCUGCUGGUCUUCAUGGAGUCCUUGUGAUGGUUCUUUAAAAAGGAGGAGGACAAGAGAAUGUAAUAACCCUGCUCCUCUUAGUGGGGGCAAACCGUGUGAGGCUGACAGCAAACAAGAGGCUAACUGUAUAAUCUCGCUAUUUGCAGAUAAAGGAGCACUAUGUAUUAAUGAUGAUGAGGAAAGAAAGGAAACCGAUCUAGAAGAACCUGGACAUGAUAAUGGAUGCCCUAUACCUAACCCACCAGAGAAUGGAUACCUUAUAAAUGAAAAGAAGUGGUAUUCAGUAGCUGAAGAGGCGGAAAUAGCUUGUGUUACUGGAUAUGAACUUUCUGGCUAUCAAUUCUUAAGGUGUCUCCCAGAUGGAACGUGGAAACAUGAAAAUACAGAAUGUCAUCGGACAACAUGUUCCAGACCAUCAGCAUCAGAGGACAUCACAAUAUUAAACUUUCAAACAGAGUAUAAGAUUGGUCAAAGUAUCAAGAUAAGCUGCCCAGCUGGGUUUGUCACUGGUCACACAAGCUAUACUUGUGGACAGAAUGUGGAAUGGAAUCCUCCUAUUUUGGGACAACUUAGUUGUAUAAGUAACCCAAAAAAGUAUUUUCAAGGAAAUUGCAACCUUGGGGAAAAACAAGUGGGUUCUGAAUGUCUCUGUAUGUCUCCAGAAGAGGAUUGUCGUCAUUACACUGAAGAAAUGUGCAUUUUUGAUACAAUUCUGGACAAUUACCUCACAAUGUCUCGUUGUCAGUUCUUGGCUGAAAAGUGCCUGGGAGUAAGACAGCUAUUCUUGGAUAAUGGGCCUUGUGGGGACAUUAACCUUGCAUGGGUGCAAGACCGGUUAAACCUGUCUAUAAGUAGUGUAAAGAAGGAGCCUUGUGGAUACGAUAUCUGUUACGACUGGGAGGUUUGUUCAGGUAUGAAAUGUAGCUGCAUUUUGCCGUAUAAGUGCCCUGAUAACAAAGACCAACAAUAUUGUAUCAAGACCGGAACUGCAGGAAGACAAAGAACUGUGAACCUCUGCUCGCUGGGGGCUAUAAAAUGUGCAAAGAUGAAAGCAGAGAUACAAUUUAAUGGUCCAUGUACCAAAUGAGAGAUUGGUUUCACUAAGGUGUAUUUAAAUAUACGAUCGUUACCUAUGCAUAUUGUUGUAAAAUAUGUCAUGAAUAAUCUUGUGUUUGCAAUGACUUUUAUAUAGCGGAAAUAAAUACCUUUUUAACAUUUUCUAGCUAAACAGUUGGAAUAAUUUAUUUUCCCUAAAUAAAUAAAUGUAUUGGUAUGAUGGUAAAUACAGCUUUGACUGAAUACACAAUUGUUUAUUUUCUAAGAAGUGACAUUAGAAAGAUUUUUUUUUAAAUAAAAGG